GCUGAAUCAUAGGGGUCUGCUGAUAGGAUGGGGCAGUCGUCCUCUGGGCAUUCUGGCAAACCUCCAACUCGGUGGCUCGACGGACCAUCUCGGAGUAAGGCAGAGCUCCGUGGCCAGUCAGGGUGUAACAAAGGUCGGGGCGAAGACCAUCACGGAAACGAAAGGCCUUCUUCUGGUCGGUAUCCACGAGCAUCGGGGCAAAUGCGCACAUACGAGUGAAGUUGCGCUCGUAGACAUCCACGGGACGGGGUCCCUGCUUGAGCUCCCAGAAGUCCUUCAGCAUCUAGGCACGGUGAGCCUCUGGGUAGUACUUGUCCUUGACUAUAGUAACCAUCUUGUCCCAAGUCAAGGCAUCCCUCUCAGCACGAGGACAAAGCCUCCAAUAGUCAUUCCACCAAGUCCUAGCAUCUCCGGUCAUCACGAACGAGGCACAACGGAUUUUCACCUCAUCAGUGGUGAACAACAUAUCAAAGAUACUCUCCAGCUGCUGAAGCCAUUCAGCCACAACUUCGGGGCCAUCAACUCCGUUGAACGCCGGAGGAUGCAUGUCACGGAAAUCGAUCACAGCUUGGGUAAUGGGAUCUCUACCCGGAGCAUGCUGAUGAGGAGGAGGAGGAGGCGGGGGAGGUG